AUGAACGCCAUGGAGGCAGAAAAAGCCUAUUACCACUCGAUUCCCUGGUGUUCAGAAGUCCUGACUGAUUCAAAUGUCAUCAUACUCCCGUCGUGGAUGCGAGAGUAUAAAGACGACACCUCCGAUUCCCUCUUGGCCUCGACGAUGAAAACUCCUGAUACCAUUAGCCACUGGCUGACAUUUUACAACAAACCCGAUGCCGACACUACCCUCAUCAAACAGGUCAAUGCCUUCAUAACCUUUGGGACUGGUCUCAACGGCUAUCAAAAUAUAGUCCAUGGAGGUGUAAUUGCCACUGUUAUGGACGAGUUGAUGGGCAGUGUGAUGGUAUUGAACAAACGGUGGGGCGGUAUCCCGGACAUAGGUAUGAAUGUCGCGGCAAAUUUGAACGUAACCUAUUUGGGGCCAAUCACCACACCGCAGACCGUCUUGGUCAGUGCUUUAUUUAAGGAGAUGAAUGGUCGGAAAGUUUUGCUUCAUGCAACAGUGAAGGAUGCUUCAGGAUUUGUUUUGGCAAAAGCUGAAGGUCUAUGGGUUGGACUACAUAGGCCGAAGGAGAAAUUGUAA